AUGCUUGGGUUGGAGUGCAUCCUUGUCCAGCGCUACCUACAGGUGGUGUACCUGCAGAAGUGCUUACAUCAGGUCGGGAGGAAGAGGCUGCUGGCUCUGCUCUGGCUGGUGUCAAUGAUCCUGUCCAUCCCUGCUUUAGUGGUUCGACAGGUGAUCGAAGACCAGGACUGGACACACUGCAAAUCUGACUACCUUUCCCAAACCCGGAAUGUAGCUGUGCUGCUGAUUCAGUCCCUGCUGGGAUUUGUUUCAUUUUCUGUUGUUGCAUUUUCAUACAUUCGCCUCCACAGAAAAGUGAACCAGGCAGCUUUCUUCAGCAACCCACAGACAACCCGUCUGGUCACAAGUAUCAUUGUGACCUUUUUUGUUCUUUUGAUGCCACAUCUUGUCAUGAAUGUUCUUGGUAUGGCAGCUUUUUCACUCAACAACAAGGGCCUGUUGACGUUUUGUAUUAACAACUGGAACAUCACUGGAGCACUGGUAUUUGUAAAUAGCUGCCUGAAUCCACUCUUUUAUGCUUUUGCUUUGCUGAACAAUAAUAAUGUUAAUGCAGAAGUUGAACGUUCCAGGAAGUCUAAUCAUUGA